AUGGACGGAUUUGAUGAUCCUAAGACUCCUAACGUUUGUGUUACAAUGCUGGAGGAUGCAAACAAUAGUUUGCAGGAGCUUUUUAAUUUUUCCUCUCAAAAGCAGCAAGUGCCUCUCAAUCAGAGGAAUCUACCUAAAUCUUUUUUCGUUCCACCGACUGGGUCUAGUGAUCAGUGCUCAACAGAAGACUCUCCUAACUUUUCUACUCAUAGUUCAUGCAUUAAUGGAUUUAUUAUUGCGCAUAGCAAGGCUAAUUCAUCGCCUGCCUGCUUAGAUGCCAAGCUUACGGUAAAGAUAAAUAGUGACCACGCAAGACAAAAUAGCUUGGGUACACCAUGUGACCAAAAGACUUUAGAGGAAUUAGAAAUUCAGAUGAUGAUCAACAAUAGUAGAAUGCGACCAAAUCUCGAUGUCAAUCUUCAUCAGACAAUUCAACCAGUUGGAGGCGGUGUUUCCUUAAAUUACGCAAUAGGAGAGUUACCAGAUGGCUAUGAAAUGGCUAUAAAUGAUAAAAAACAAGUGUAUUUUCUUAAUCAUCAAAACCAAGAUACUACAUGGUUUGAUCCUCGAAUACCAGCAAAAUACCAAAGGUGGGGAAUGACUAUAAGUGAACUUGAACAGUUGCACAUAAACUAUGCUCGCCAUUUAUACGGAAGUAACCCCGAGGCAACAUUAAGGUUAUGUGAAGAG